AUGUGUGGAAUCCUCGCCGUCCACGGCCUUGAAAAACCCGCCAACGACAGAGCUCGUUUCAUCGCUUGUUCAAAACGACAACGCCAUCGUGGUCCGGAUUGGUCUGGCUGCUACGUCGGGCAGAAGACUGUCCUCGUGCACGAGCGUCUUGCAAUUGUCGGCGUUGAAUCUGGUGCUCAGCCAUUGAUUAGUGAGGAUGCUAAGAUUAUCCUCGCCAUCAACGGCGAGAUUUACAAUCACAUUGCCCUUCGUGCCAGCGUUGGCCCCGACGUGAAAUUCAAAACACACUCGGACUGCGAAGUUAUCAUACCUCUGUACCGCAAACAUGAUAAGGAACUUUGCAGCUUCCUCGACGGCAUGUUCUCCUUUGUCCUGCUCGACGAGUCUGUCUCUCCUCCUCGCAUUAUCGCUGCACGAGACCCCAUUGGUAUCACCACUCUCUACCAAGGCUGGAGCUCAAAGCGCCCCGGAGCUGUUUUCUUCUCCUCAGAGCUAAAGGCUAUCGUCGACGAGUGCGAUAACAUCAUAUCCUUCCCUCCUGGCCACGUAUAUGACAGCAAAGAUGAUUCGACAACUCGUUACUACAACCCAACGUGGUGGAACGGCGACGUAGAAGAGCCUGACGGCACGAUACCCACAUCCCCCGCCGAUUUGACCCUCAUACGCGAGACUUUGGAAGCAGCUGUCAGGAAACGUCUUAUGUCAGAAGUGCCGUAUGGUGUUCUUCUGAGCGGCGGUCUAGACAGCAGCUUAAUUGCAGCUAUUGCCUCGAGAGAGACUGAGAAGGUUGCUCAGGCUCAAUACGAAAUCCGGAAACGAAAGCUGCAGGAAGCCACCAGUGGGCCUUCGACGCCCAACGCAGGUCUGGUCGACGAGGCAGCGACAUUGGCCGCAUGGCCGCAGCUGCACUCCUUCUCAAUCGGCCUGGAGAACUCGCCAGAUCUUCUUGCUGCACGGAAGGCUGCCCAUUAUCUAGGAACAGUCCACCACGAAUAUGUCUUCACCGUCCAAGAGGGUCUGGACGCUUUGCCUGAAGUCAUCCAUCACCUUGAGACGUACGAUGUCACCACGGUGCGCGCAAGUACACCCAUGUAUCUCCUCAGCAGGAAGAUCAAGGCUAUGGGCGUCAAGAUGGUGCUUAGUGGCGAAGGAAGCGACGAGAUUUUUGGAGGCUAUCUCUACUUCCAUGCUGCGCCAGACGCUCCUUCUUUCCAUCAAGAAUGCGUUCGUCGCGUGAAGAACCUUCACACUUCCGACUGUCUGCGUGCUAACAAGUCAACGAUGGCUUGGGGUUUGGAAGCCCGUGUUCCUUUCCUCGAUAAGGCAUUCCUCGAAGUCGCUAUGAACAUCAGACCAGAAGACAAGACAUUCAGCAAGGGCCUAGAUCAAGAAGUUGACGAAGAUGACUGCCCUAAGAUGGAGAAGUACAUCCUACGGAAGGCCUUCGAUUGCGCCCCAGGCGGCAAGCCUUAUCUUCCCCGCUCAAUCCUGUGGCGUCAAAAGGAACAAUUCUCAGAUGGAGUUGGUUACUCCUGGAUCGACGGGAUGAAAGAACACGCUGCUGAGGUUGUCUCCGACGAGGCCUUUGCUAAGCGUGCUGAACGCUGGACCACCGACGUUCCUGACACUCGCGAAGCCUAUUUCAUUCGCGAUCUCUUUGAUGGGUUGUUCCCCUCAAAAGCUGCUGCAAACACUGCUGUUCGAUGGAUUCCUCGAGGCGAUUGGGGCUGCGCAUCUGACCCCAGUGGGCGAAGCGUCAAGAUUCACAAUGCAGCGUACGAAACAGAUUAA